ACCUAAGCAGCAGGAGGAAGGCAAAGCUUACACAGGGGAAGAAGAAGACACGGUUAAGAGCGGGUUUGCGGCGAAUGUCCAGAUGCCGUUUCAAAGGCGUUCGUUGAUCAUUACUAUUCCACAUUCGAUACGAAUCGAUCCAGUCUCGCUAAUCUCUAUCAGGAUUCGUCCAUGUUAACUUUCGAAGGUCAGAAGAUUCAAGGAUCGGCGAACAUAGUCGCUAAACUCACUUCUCUCCCUUUUCAACAAUGUCAGCACAUCAUCAGCAACGUUGAUACUCAGCCUUCUGGUCCCUCCGGUGGAAUGAUUGUCUUCGUUUGUGGAAAUCUCCAACUCUCAGGCGAGCAACACGCUCUCAAGUUCAGCCAGAUGUUUCAUCUUAUGCCAACGCCACAAGGUAGCUAUUAUGUACUGAAUGACAUUUUCCGUCUCAACUACGCAUGAGGAGGAUAUGGAUGAAUGUGUAGUAGUAGUAGCUAGCUAAGAACGGAUCCAGGUUUUUUUUUGUUCAUUUGAAUUUGUGGAAGAACAAGAACUUUUUAUGAUCUUAUCCUAUUGAAUAUGGUAUUCUAUGUGUUUUGUAAGGCAUCUCUGAAAUUUACU